AUGACUUACCUCUCAAGAACUGCAAGAGCUCUCAGCCGUUCAUCGAUUCUAGUCAACAGGGUGACUCUCCGCCCCAUGACAACGAUUGGGGAAAAUUUAAAAUCCAAGGAGCGAUAUGAAGAGUCUCGCUUCAUGAAAAAACAAGAUGAGAUGAACCUUGAUAAAAUGAAGCAAAUGAAGCAACUUAAAAUCGAAGAAGAACAAAUGCUGCGGGAGGAAGCACUUCAUAAGGAGGUGAUUGAACCUCGUAUGCACGACGCUGCCAAAAUUCUGGAGGAAACUGGCGAAAGAGUUAGUGAUGCCGCACUAAAGAACCUCUCGAAAUGGAAACUUGAUCUUUAA